AUGAGCGGCAUCACGAAAGAGAAUGUCUACGAGAUUCUGCUACUGAAACGCUCCGCGUCCGACUCGUUUCCCCUGAGGUGGGAAAUUCCGGGAGGCACCGCGGACCUUGGCAUCGAUCAGGAUCUAGUACAAGUCGCUAUUCGUGAGCUUUGGGAAGAAACUAGGUUGCGAGCGCUGAAGGUCUUUUGCGCGGUCGGUUUAGGCCUCCCCAGUCAUGUCAGCAACCUCAGCACGCUAGUCGAAGGAGAAGAUGUCACGAUGGACCAGACGAUGAACUUCUGUCUGCUGGCAAUUGAUGGUCUGACCUGGGCAGUCUCGGCAUUUAUUAUCGACGUAGAGGACUCGCAAGCGCAGAUUGUAUUGAGGGAGGAUGAGCAUUUGCAAUGGGCAUGGGUCACUGAAGAAGAGGUGAAGCAGAAAAUGUUCAAUUCUGAAUCACUUGGACAACUUGACUUUGUCACCGAGGCUAUGAAAUACAUGAUCUUGGAAGGGUUCAGGCUAAGGAGGAAAAUAUAA